CUAGGAGCUUGUGUUACACUUCUGUCUCAAUGUAACAGGGUGUUCUGCCCUGGUUACUAAUGGACACGGAGACAUUGGCUCCAAUGGGGCACAAUCAUGACCAAAGGGAAGUCACCAUGUGUCGAAAUCUGUCCAAAUACGCACUAAUUUUCCUGUUCCUAGCUCUGUCUGGUUUAAUCUUUCUACUCGGUAACAUUCAUACUGUCGAGAAUUGGAACUGCCACACUAUCUCGGCUCUCUAUCAGCUGCAGAGCCGAAUUCAAACGGCUUUCAACCCGGCAUCGCUGCCCAAGUUCUACCACAACCGCACCUUCUGCUCCCACCUGGGGCAGAGACCGUCCCCUGAGGAUGAGCUGGAGGAGCACUACCUUCUGAACUCUAUCUCCUGGCCCGAGCACUCCCACCAGCCUGCGCCCUUUUCUCUGCGGCUCACUACUGACCCGGUGCACAGCUUCUUUGCCAUACUGCCUCCUAAAGUGGGACGGGAAUGGCAUUUGGGGGACCAACUGGAGGCCCUGGUUCAAGUACAUGACUUCCAGGGGCGACCCAAACACUAUGGGGGAGAUUUUAUUUUGGCUAGGCUUCACUCUUCGGAGCUUGGAGCAGGGGUAACAGGGACAGUGAUGGACCACAAGAACGGUUUCUAUUCAGCCCUGUUCCCGCUCCUCUGGACUGGCUCUGCUCAGGUUGAGGUAACGUUAGUACACCCGAGUGAGGCCGUUGCUGUGCUGCAGCGCCUAAGAGAAGAACGUUCGGAUAGAGUGUUUUUUAAAAGCUUAUUUCGCCUGGGGUUUCUGUCUGAGACGACUGUGUGCAACUUGUGCCUGCCCCCUGAUCAGCAGCCCCUAUGUAACUUCACCGACCUGCACACCGGAGAGCCCUGGUUCUGCUACAAGCCCAAGAUGCUCAACUGUGACACCCGGGUCAACCACGCCAAGGGAGGCUACCUAAAACAUCUCGUCACCAAUAAUGAGGCACUGCUCUUCCAGAGUGGUGUUAAUCUUAAAGUACACAUUCAUGCCUCUGGCCCAGACAGAAUCAAUGUCCUGCCUCCACUCAAAGACAAAAUUGCGGUCAAAAGUGCCACUCUAAAUCCAGAGCCAACAAAAAUCGCCCCUUCUGGUUAUUACUAUGACAACUCCUGGAAGCCACUAAACGGGUUUAAAAUGCGACAGUUCAGUAAUUCUGAUAUCACCACUCAAUGUCUGACAAACAAAAUGAUCUACAUGUACGGGGACUCUACAGUUCGGCAGUGGUUUGAAUACCUAAUUGCUUUAUUACCAGAUUUAAAGGAGUUCAACCUACACAGUCCUAAGAAUGUAGGACCUUUCAUGGCAGUGGACAGUGGCCAUAACAUUCUGCUGAAGUACCGGUCCCACGGCCCCCCAAUCCGCUUCUCCACGGUGUUGUCCAGUGAGUUACGUUACAUUUCCAAUGAGCUGGACGGGCUCUCGGGGGGCCCCAACACAGUGGUAGCCCUGAGUAUCUGGGCUCACUUUAGCACCUUCCCUGUGGAGGUCUACAUCAGACGGCUGCGUCACAUUCGCAGGGCUGUGCUGAGACUUAUGGACCGGGCCCCUGGAACGAUGGUGGUGGUCCGAACUGCUAACCUUCAAGCACUGGAUCAGGAAGUGAGUCUGUACAACAGUGACUGGUACUCUCUGCAACUGGACCAAGUGCUGAGAGCCAUGUUUAAGGGACUGAAUGUGCACAUGAUUGAUGCCUGGCAGAUGACACAGGCCCACCAACUCCCUCACGCACUCCACCCGCCUCCAGCUAUUGUGAAAAACAUGAUCGACAUGCUUUUGUCCUACAUCUGCCCUGAAAAGAAAAGCCAUACGAAGUAG